AUGGCAAUGGAUAAAGGAAAAGGACGAGCUAUGGAAUUAGAUAAUCCCGUGCAAGACGGUUCAACUCUUCCAUGGGUGGAAAAAUAUCGUCCUUCUGGAUUAGAAGAUGUAGUUGCACACAAAGAUAUUAUUUCUACACUGGAUCGAUUCAUCAGCACAAACAAAGUUCCCCAUAUGUUAUUUUAUGGUCCGCCAGGAACAGGAAAGACAUCUACUAUCCUUGCCUGUGCUCGCAAGGUAUAUGGUCCCCAAUUCCGCAAUCAGGUUAUGGAAUUGAAUGCUAGUGACGACCGUGGUAUUGAUGCUGUCAGAGAACAAAUAAAAAACUUUGCAAGCACGCGUCAAAUUUUUUCAUCCUCUUUUAAAAUGAUUAUUUUGGAUGAAGCCGAUGCUAUGACUCUUGCUGCCCAGAAUGCACUCCGAAGAGUCAUUGAAAAAUAUACCAAAAACGUUCGCUUUUGUAUCAUCUGCAACUAUAUUAACAAAAUUGCUCCUGCUAUUCAAUCACGGUGUACUCGUUUUCGUUUCCAACCGCUUCCUUCUUUAGAAAUUGAAAAAUACGUUGACCACGUUAUUGAUAAUGAGCAUUGUAACAUAGAUUCAGAAGCAAAAGCUGCCGUUUUGAAGUUAUCAAGGGGUGACAUGCGUAAAGCUCUUAAUAUUUUACAAGCCUGCCAUGCGGCUUACGAACAUAUUGAUGAGUCUGCCGUUUACAAUUGUGUUGGCCAACCUCAUCCGUCAGAUAUAGAUUAUUUUAUCAAGUCAAUAAUGAAUGAAGAAUUCGUUACUGCUUACAAUACUAUUUUUUCGAUAAAGCAGCAAAAGGGCUUGGCUUUGCAGGAUAUAACUACUUGUAUUUUUGAAGCUUUAGACGAACUUCAAGUACCAGCUAAUACACGCAUUUUCAUUUUAGAUCAAUUGGCCGCUAUUGAGCACCGUAUGUCUUUCGGUUGCUCGGAAAAAAUUCAACUUAGUGCAAUGAUUGCAAGUAUUAAAUGUGGUGUCGAUCUAGCCGCUAAAAAUAAAUGA